UCUUUCUACCACCAAAGGACAGACUCUUUUGUUUCAAUCUCUAUCUGUGAGAGAGAGAGGAAGAGAGAGAGAGAGCCGAAAGAAGAGAAGAUGGUUCAGAGACUCACGUAUCGGAAGCGGCACAGUUACGCCACCAAAUCAAACCAGCACAGGGUUGUGAAAACUCCUGGGGGGAGGUUGGUGUAUCAGAGCACCAAGAAGAGAGCCAGCGGACCCAAAUGUCCUGUUACUGGGAAGAGAAUCCAAGGGAUUCCUCAUCUGCGACCAGCUGAAUACAAGAGAUCUAGAUUAUCGAGGAACCGCAGGACAGUGAACCGUGCCUACGGAGGGGUAUUGUCCGGUGGUGCUGUCAGGGAGAGGAUCAUCCGAGCCUUCUUGGUUGAAGAGCAAAAGAUUGUGAAAAAGGUCCUGAAGAUACAAAAGGCAAAAGAGAAGCAAGCAUCAAAGAGCUAAAUGAUCAUGAUCAUGUGAUGGUGGUGCCUUGGAAGAUUUUUUUUUUUUCGUGAUGAUGUUGAAGAAAUGUGGAAAAAGAUCAUGGUUAAAAGCCUCAUAAUUUGGAUGUAAACUUUAAUUUUUCGAUCUGUAGAGGCCAUCCGUGUCGAACAUUCGUGCCUUGACAGCAUACCUGAUAUUUUAUCUGUGGGUUCACUUUUACUAGUA